AAACAAAGAGCCGAAAAGUUUGCACGGGAAUCAAAUAAAGGAGCAGUUUUCCGUCGUUGACGUCAUGAAUUAUGCAAAGUUGACGGGAAAUCAAGAAAGGUGACAUGGUGCUAGCGGUUCGCAAGAAAUCGUCCCUUUUCCGGCGUCCUUUACUGGCCACUGGUGAACGGGUCCGGCAAUUCACUGGCGAUCACCAAGGUCAGCGAAUCGAGUUCUUGCCCAUAGGCCGUAGCUCUCGUGUUUCUUCAGCCGUUAACAAUGCUGGUGCUGCCAGCUUGUGGAUUGCGAUAGAUAUAUACUACGGCUUGCUCUUUUCUCUGGCCUCCAGCCUCAUGGUUCUGCUAUAAAUAGACAUGUUAGUGGUUCUCGUGAACUUAGCUAGCUAGUUGGUACAAUCAAAGUUCUCUCCGUCAGGUGUUCGGGCUUUGCUUGGAAGUUUUGGACAGCGAACAUGAGCUUUGGAUGCUUAAACGGGAAGAACCCAAAUCCUUCCAAUGCUCCGUCGGCGCUCCGAAGCAUAACGAGAUCUGUUGACAGAAACGGCCAUAAAUACGCGGAUGGAAAUGUAGGGUAUGAAAUGGUUCUUGCAAAGGAACAGAACCCUAAUCCAUCACACAGUGCAACCAUCUCUAACAGGAUGGUGUCAUUUCCUAGCUUCAUCUCGGACAAUGGGACCAUGACAAUAAGCACUCCUGUGAGGUUUGGCCCCUGGGGUGGCACCGGCGGCACUAUAUUCGACGACGGCAUAUACACCGGCGUCAGGCAGAUCCAUAUCACGCGAGGGCUUGGGAUAUCUUCCAUGAAGGUGCUCUACGACCGAAACGGGCAGGCGAUAUGGGGAGACAAGCGAGGCUCCAGUGGGGCGGCAAAAACGGAGAAGAUCAUAUUCGACUUCCCAUCGGAGAUCUUGACCCACGUCACGGGGCACUUUGGCCCGGCGAUGAUCAUGGGUCCAACGGUGAUCAAAUCCAUCAUGUUCCACACGACGAAGAAGAACCAUGGGCCGUUCGGGGACGAGCACGGCACCUUCUUCUCCAGCUGCCUGACGGAAGGAAGGAUCGUGGGGUUCCAUGGCAGGGGAGGGUGGUACAUAGACAGCAUCGGGGUCCAUGUUCUGGAAGGGAAGGUGCUCUCACAGAAAGCCGCCGACACGGGCCCGUUGGGUGACAUGCUCGCAUUGCCAAUGAGGGAAAUCGGAGACGAGGUUACAUAUGGCGUGGUGAAAGAGCCGAUACCGGUAGGGCCAGGGCCAUGGGGCGGGGACGGGGGCAAGCCAUGGGACGAUGGCGUCUACACAGGGGUGAAGCAGAUGUACAUCACCAGAACCGAUUUCAUCGGCUCCAUACAGAUCGAGUACGACAGAAGCGGGCAGUCCAUCUGGUCUACCAGGCACGGCAACGGCGGUCAGAUCACACACAGGAUUAAGCUGGACUACCCACACGAGGUCCUGACGUGCAUAUACGGCUACUACAACACCUGCGCAGGGGAAGGGCCCAGAGUUCUGAGAUCGAUCACCGUCGUCAGUAGCCGGGGCAAGUACGGGCCGUUCGGCGACGAGAUGGGGACGUACUUCACCUCUGCCACGACGAAAGGGAAGGUGGUCGGCUUCCACGGCCGGAGCGGCAUGUACCUGGACGCCAUCGGGGUGCACAUGCAGCACUGGCUGGGAGACAGGAACACUGUCAGUUCGAGUCACAAGAAUGGUUCCAGCUUUAAUCCCAAGACUAACAAUACCACCACCAAGUACUACGUCUCCAAGUAUCUCUUUUGAUUUCGCUUCACGUACGGGAUGUACUGAAGCCGAGUUUGGGAGGAGCAAGUUGUGUGUGCUCCGAUUGAGGGACAGGUUCAGUUUGCAGGAGAGUGUUUUCGAGGCAGAUUUGCUGUCGAGUUUCAUCUCCCUGUGCUGCAAAACCCAGCAAAAAUUGUAACGUUUUUAGGUAUUUAAUCGGGUGGAGUAUCCGGUGAUUACUCCAUGAAAACUACUACAGAAGUUUUGAAAAAUUUCUAUAGAAGAAUAGCAUUGCAUAGAGGAAAUGAUUAUAUACAUAUAUGUGUGUAAAAUUUCAAAUUCAAACUGAACUGUAUUUGACAUGAGGGGGAAAACAAAAUCAGGAUGGAUAGUGAUUUUUCAC